UGGAGUGGAGAAAUACGUCGAACGAAAUAAAUGGCGAUAAAAAUACGGAAAAUCUCCGCUUUAACCACAUAAACCGUGAUAAAAUCUGUGAAAAACGCGUGCAUUUACCGACAGCAAUACCAUUUACCGCAACAAGUGUCAAAAUCCGUGGAAAAUUCCGUGUAAAAGUUACGCCCUAGAAAAGUUUCCACAUACACAAACACACAAAAUAUCGAAAAUCCAUUGUUAUUUCGCGAGGAAAGCCCGAAAAAGUCGCACGAGAAUGCCCUUUCUCACGCCAACCACGGACCCUGUCUCGCAAAAGUGACUUUUUCCCGGAACAAAGCACGGAAAAUCGCGAAAAAAAAGGGAAAAUGAGAAAGUGUAGUUCUGGCAAAAGCAAUUUUUGUGUGUAGAUAAAUAGAUAGAUAGGGAAAGGUAACUGUAAAUAUUGUAUUGUGCAAGCAACAUACAUUUUUGUUUUUGACGAUUUUUCUGUACAAUUUGCUGCUGCUUGCGAAACAUCAUCGCAACACGAAGAAACAACAAAAAAAAUUGUUUGUGAUUAAAAUUUAGAAAUUAUCGUUAAUUAUUAUUUUACUGACAACAACAACAACAACGACAAUGUUCACAAAGAAACCGCAAGAUAUCAAAAAGUCAACAUUAAAGAUACAGGAUAUCAAGAAAGAUUCCGCGACGAGAUUGAAACACCUCAAAACGAUUCUCGAGCAUGUCGACAGUGAAGAAGCAAAAUCAAUUUUUGAGACGAAUUACAGCCACGUCUAUUACAUACUGUACGACACGUUUGUCCAAGCGGAGAAUAACUUGAAACAAAGAGAACUUUCCUUUCAUUUGGUUCACAAGACACACAGAGAAGAAUUAGAUGCAUCCCUAUGGCUGUUGAGCAAAAUUUUGUGUCUUUUGCCGGAACUGAUAUCGAAACGGUGGCAAGUUCAUUCUCUCAGUCGAGUUAUAGCGAAGUUGAUUCAUCACGGCAAUGGCGGUAAAUUGCGUAAAGAUGGUGUUCGUUACUUCCUCCUGUGGUACCAAUGCCUUGGCGAAAAUGCCCCGCAGCAUGUCCACGCAAUGUUCAACGAACUCAUUCCCGGCGUCACGAUUCCGCACAAAAACUUUUCCGGCCCUGGCGACGUGGAAUACAACACCGCCCAAGACAUCCUGAAUCACCCGAAUCUCAAGGGCGAACUUGGCACCUCUGUCUUUCACGACACCGGCUCGCAUCCCGUGCAAUCUUCCGAACUUGGCCCUCUGCUUCCGCCCAGCUCGAAUGAACGAACCGCUGCUCCCGACCCAAAAGACGGCCUCGAAAUCCUGCUCGAAUGCAUGGUUCAGUCGAGUGGUUGCCUGAAAUGGCGCGAAAAUUGCCCGCAAAAACACAUCAAAUGCUUCAAUUUCCUGCUGCAGCGUUUCCGCGAAGUUUACCUGCCAGUAUUAUGUCCGAACUUUGAUCAUUCCAUGUCAGUUUAUGAGCCGCGAGUCGAUUUGCCGAUACCGCGCAGCAUUUCGAAGAAGGAAGAAGUGAUGGCGCCAUGCGUUGUGGUGCUCGUCAAUUGGGUGGCAAAAUACACGCACGACAAAUUAAUCUCCGGCAAAAUCGAUCAUGUCCAGAUCGAGGAGGAUUUUGGCGAAAAUUCGAGUUUGUUGUCCAAUUUGCGAGUCAUGGGAUACACGCAACCGCAUCUCGUUCGCGAUGUGCUGUACUCGACGAAGGAAAAUAUAAAUUUUGUGCACGAAGUGUAUCGUCAAGCAUUUUUACUGGGAUUCACGAGUAAGGCGCAAAUUGAGGCGAUGCGAAUUGCAAUUUCCAUUUAUAAGGAGUGGAUUAGUGGCAUGGCGCCGCCGUUUUUGUUGGAGCCAGACGACGUUUAUACGGGUGAGAGAGAAGUUGCGGCAGCUCCGAAGGGACAACGAUUGAGAGCAGAUUCGUAUAUUGGCGCAAUUGGCAAGGAAAAUCCUUCGAUUCGGUGUGGCUUGCAAAAUGUUCUGCAAAUUUUCGUUACGAACGCUGUGAAUGUUUUCAUGGUGCAAACGAGUCAUCUGAACAUUCAUUUUCAAUCAAAAACAAAAGACGGCGGCUAUUCCACGCCUUUGGACGAACAAACAGACGUCUGCAAGCGCGUUCUUAACAUCUACCGCACAAUGGUGAUGAAAACCAAGAUGGAAGCUCGCACCUGGGAACAACUUCUCCUCGUCCUGCUGCAAGUCACCUCGAUAAUUUUGACCCAAGCAACCCCGAAUUCGAAGAAAAACCUCGGCGGUCGUCUCGCACAACCAAUUUUCCAAACGCUCAUCGUCACGUGGAUCCGAGCACACACAAACGUCUACGUGAACCCCGUCAUGUGGGACAAAUUCUUAAAAGUUCUCAGCUCUUUAACGCAUCGCGAGGAACUUAUCAUCGAAUGGGACAAAACUAUGCAAACUUUAACUCGGGUCAUGGCCCGUCAAGUGUACAAUUUAAAUCUCCUGGACCUCCCAUUGGACCGUUUGGCGGAGCAAAAAGGGAAACGUCGUCGGGUGAUGGCAAAUUCAUCGGUUUCAGCUUCCGAUGCUUGUGCUUCCAACACAAAUACAACUCCAACGCCGAAAAACAGCGAAUCACGAACAAUUUCACGCCAACAUCAAAUCCCUGGCACGCCUUCGUUGAACCGCAGUUACAGCGAAGGAAGUUUGGCAUCGUACCGAAAGUCCCGCGGCAAACGACGAAUCAAACAUCAACAAAUAAGCGCGUUGCCAGCCAAUGUGGAAAACUCUUUGACACGAAUUUUGUCCCAAACAUCGACAAAUAACGUGAACAACAGCAUGGAAACGUUAAAUAACUCGAUAAUGAUUCAAGCCCCCCACUUAAAUUCGGACCGUGGAGGCACCUUGAGACGAGCUUUAUCCCUGGAUUCAAUGAGAACCGACAAAAAAUGCGAUGGCGAGCGAAAUAACAGUCGAAGUCCGUCCCCUGGAGCUUCUUCGGGCAUCGAAAAUGGCUCAAUUAAGGAUUCGCCGCUCAUGAUCGACAACAUUGGCGGCGAUUCGAGCAGCAUUGACACCCAAGAAGACGUGAAUUAUUCAUCGGAAAAGCGUUCAAUCCUCGCUGGAGGCACGGCGAAGGGUUGGCUACCAGAUGUCGCUGCUGUCAUGUGGAAACGGAUGCUUGGGAUGUUGGGAGAUGUCAAUAAAAUCCUGAAUCCGAAGCUCCACGCGCAAGUUUUCAAGUAUUUGGUGAACAUGACAGACUGUUUAAUCAAAAUCCGGAUGAAUCAGGGCAUUUCGACGGAUAACACGAGUACCCCGUUGCCCCCGAAUGUCGUUCCACCCGUCGCUAUUAUCACCCCAUGGUGUUACGGUGCCUUGGCACUCGACAAUCAGUAUCAACAAGGCAAAUUAUAUGCCAUGCAAAUCCUUUGUAUGAUCGUUAAACAAGGAAUUACGCUCGGAAAUGACCAACUUCCGUUAUUUUAUCUCGCGUUGCAUCAAGCACUGACCGGCGAGGAUCGUGCGAUGGUUUUUACGGUUCUUCGUCAUCUCGGGGGAGCCCGAUUUUUGAGUCUUUUGCUGCCAGGACACUCGUUACUUCUCUUGGACUUUGUUCAUGCAUCGACAGUCGUACUAACAUCCUCCGAAAUUGGGUCCCACAUUCCUCGUGCGGAAGUUGCGGGGCUUCUCGGAUCACUUUUGAGCUUCCCCAGGACUUCGUUGCCCGGUCCGGUGCUUCAGCCGUCGGAGCCCCAUGUCGAUCUCAUGGAAUGUCCCGAUUUGCAAGAGCACGUGUUGAAUAUUGUGCUUCGGUGUGCGCGACGUGAACCCUCAGCGAAGGCAAGAUGCAUCGCGAUCGCUUCUUUGGCGCAUUGGAUUGCUCAAAGUUGCCAGCAGCACGCGAUAAAUCCGCGGGAAAAUUUGAAUCCACGGAUUGUGGAAGCAAUGAAGGUGAUUUUGCAGUCGUUGCAGUUUCGGCAUCGGACAAUUGCGAGAGUGGCGAUUGAAGCGUUGCGAUUGUGUGCGGAGAAAGGAAGGAUUUUGGCGAAGUUUGAUACGUUAAUUCCCAUUUUGAUCAAUGCGAUUUGUAUUUCGUUGGAAAUUCAGAAUGUGCGGAAUCCGAGGGAAAGUGACAAGAUUGUUUUGACCAGUUUGUUGCUGUGUUUGGGAGAGGUCUGCAUGUCAAUUCCGAUGAAAUUACUCCUCGGCAAAGGACCCGUAUCCGAAGAACCUCUAAUCUUAACGGUACUUAAAGUUACAUAUCAAAUCUCCAAGGGGACCUACAACAACCACAUUCGCCUCUUCACCCCAGACGAAGAUUUCGAUCAGACAAUCACUCUUGACGACCUCAUGGAGGAACCGCAAGAAACCUUUGCCUCCCCAGAUACCGUCGAAAAAUGUCAAGCAGCAAUUAAAUUGUGCGCCAAAACCAUCACGAUGCAUCUCGUGACGAAUUUGUCUCAUUUCCCCAUCGGAAUUGGAGCUUCACGCCUGAGUUCUUUGGUUGACGAGCAAGAUGACUUACUCUCGAUGAGCUUAACGCGCAAAAAUUCCGAAGCGAAUCGCGAUUCAAGCAUCGAUAUCGCCGCAAAUACGGUAAUUACGGCACCAACGAUCCAACUUUUCAUGCUGAACCCCGAAUUGGUGGCGAGUUUUAUUGAAUUACCGGCUUUGAAGCUCCCUGGCGGAGGAAUUACAGCCGGAUUGGUGACGGCAAAUAAGCAAGUGCGACUUUUGCUGCGCGAUAUCAACGGAAAAGCUUGCUGGGACACGAGUAUUUUGUAUCGCGAGCCAAAAAUGUCGCGAGAUUCUGUCGAUUCGGCAUAUCACACGCCAAGUAGCAUGUCGAGCAUGGAUAAACCGCCGUUUUUUAGUGAUGCCACACCGCAAUUUUUCACAAAAAUGGACGCACGGAUGACCGGAAGAGUGUUUAAUGCGACAAUUCCGCAUGCCGGAGGGCAGGAUUCGAUGAUUUCGACUGUGGGACUUGCAAUGCCGCCCAUUCGACACACGCUGCGGCACCGCCCGCCACAUCAAUUGCCCGUGGCGAGCGAUAUUGCGCCCGAUUUGGACCAACUUGACGACUUGUUGCAAUAUAUUGGACACACAUCGCCCGAAUGUCUCACAAAUCCCGGCUCCGUACUGAAUUCCGCGGCACCGUCGCCCCUUUCGAACGUGCAAGAAGCUCAAACGAUCACGACAAUUUUGAAUCAACGCUCAAUGGAGGCGGAAUAUUUGGCGCGACAAUCGAUGCAAUCGACAAAUUGUUUCGUGCCAUGCUCGAAUCAAGGCAGCGGUGGCGGCGGCGAAAGUGCAGCAACGAGUUUGAAUUAUUCUGGGAAUAAAUCGUUGACGGAUGAGCCGGAUGGCGGCAGUAACAGUGACCAACCACGAUCCGGAAGCUUUUAUUCGGAACGUGACGAUAUCCUUCCAUUCCAUUAUUGCAGACUGCUGUUUAGUCAAUUGGGCUUGGCGGGAUGGGAAAGACGACGAAAAACGUAUUUGCUGAAGCGAAAUGACAAAUUGUUGCGGGAAUUGAGGAAUUUGGAUGGACAACGGUGUCGGGAGACGCAUAAAGUGGCGGUGAUUUAUGUGGCGAAUGGACAAGAGGAUAAAAAUAGUAUCCUGAGAAAUUCGUGUGGCAGUAGCGCCUACGAGAUGUUUGUCUCGGCUCUCGGUUGGGAAAUCGAGCUAGAAUCCCACAUUGGUUUCCUCGGAGGUCUUCCGCGGCAAGGAUGUGGCUCAACGGCACCUUAUUAUGCAACGCCUUUCCUCGAAAUAAUUUAUCACGUCGCAACGCGGAUGCCCACAGACUCGCCCGAAGCAAUUUUGACAAAAACACGACAUCUUGGCAACGACGAAGUCCACAUCGUUUGGAGUGAGCAUUAUCGUGAUUAUCGUCGUGACAUUCUGCCAACGGAAUUCUGUGACGUUUUGAUCAUCAUUUAUCCCCUGAAGAGUGGUUUGUUCCGCGUCACGGUAAAUCGGAAGCCAGACGUUCCGUGGUUUGGGCCGUUGUGCGAAGAAAGUGUCGUUGGAGGCGUUUGUUUGGCAAAUCUCGUGAGAGCGACAGCAAUUAAUGCAAGUCGAGCCAAACGGAUGUCGAUGCCGUUCUAUCAGCAAUUCUACGAGGAACGAAGUCGUUCCCUGGAUGUCGUCGCAUCACGUCACAAGGAAGCAACUCCCUACGAAGAAUUCGUCGCUCGUCUUUACUCGCCCGUUCCAGUUUCGUCCAGCAGUAAUGUCACCUCGACAACUGCCUCUGCGCUCAUCGAUCAUCAUCCAAAAAUUAAGCGAUCGUCCACAGCGAAAAAUUACUUUAAUCAUCCCGAGGUAACAGUUAGUGCUCGAGAAUUAUCGCAUCACACCAUGCAAUCCGUGUCGCUUGAUCAUCCGUCGCCACGCCCCCUGCGCAAAAUUACCCAUCCCUUCGGCAAAGGUGUGCAGAAAAAAUCGCAUCCCUCAAUGUCCAGCACUUCCUCACAAAAUACUUUGACGAGUCAAUCGCCUCCUGAAAGUCCAACUGCUCCCAUGCGAAAAUUCACAAAAUAGACAAAAAUGGCAAUUUUUUAAGCAUUUUCAAGACUUACAAAGCCCCCAAUUGUGCUUCUUGUACUUUAUAAGUAUUUUUUACCCCUUUUUGUAUUUUUUUUUAUUUUAAUAAAUUUUUGACCGUUA